UGUUACAAAAGUUGUUGAAAAAUGAAUGUUCAAAUAUCAUCUCUUUUAUAAGAUAUCUGCAUAAGCUAACUUCUUGACUUCGCAGACUGGAGCCUUAUUUGUCUCUCUCUCUCUCUCUCUCUCUCAGCAAACCCUCCUCCCUAGCUUGCUUUGAUUCUCAUUCUCACCCCCUUGCAAUGUCCAGCCCACAUUCAAUUCCAAUUGUGGACAGAAUCAGCGUCCUCCCAGACUCCCUUAUCUGUCACAUCCUCUCUUUUCUCUCUACCAAGCAAUCUGCUGCAACAACCAUCCUCUCUAAAAGAUGGAAACCAUUGUGGCUCUUACUCCUCAAUCUCAACUUUGACGAUCAUGACUUUGCAGAUUUCACCUCUUUUCGACUUUUUGUCUACUCAGUCAUGCUCACGCGUGACCCAACCUCGCCAAUCCAAUCGUUCCGACUCAAAUGUGGUGACUCUUCUGGCUUCAACAAUCACGAUGUCAAUUUAUUUAUCCAAUCUGUUGUCAAGCGUGGAAUUCAGAAUCUCAACCUUGACAUGUCGCCUUUGCCUUUUCACUUCGAGUUACCUCAAUGUGUUUCCACUUGCAGUAACCUCACUGUUCUUAAGUUAAGGAAACUGUCCUUAAAUUGUUUGUUGGAUGCCAAUUUUCCCUUACUCAAAAUUCUUAAUUUGGAUAGAAUCAAAUUUAAUGUAGAUCACACUUGCUUUCUUGAGAACCUUCUCAAUGGUUGUCCCGCUUUACAGGAUUUGAGAAUAAUUGGUUCAUUGCAGUCUCAUUUCAAGGAUGAAGAGUUUAAUGGUUUACUCAAAUUGGUCAAAGCAAUCAUUCAUAACUCAACAAAUUUCAACAUUCCAUUUGGUUGGGUUUGUAACACAAAUUUUCUAUUCACAAAGCUGAGGUGCCCAUAUCGUUACAAAGUUCCUACCUUUCUUAAUUUAAACCGCAUGAAGAUUGUAUUUCAACUUACAAAUGAUUGGCUUGGGAAGUGGAAGUGGUUGAUAGAAGUGCUCCAACACUGUCCUAAGCUUCAGAAUCUUAUUAUUCACGAGCGUUCUACGUAUGAAAAUGAAGUUGGUGAUGAUGAUUGGAUGGACCCACCAAUUGUUUCAAAAUGCCUUUUAUCCGAGCUUAGAACAUGUUCACUUAUAGGUUAUAAAGGUAUGAAGUCCGAGUUUCAGUUUGCAGAGUACAUUUUGAAGAAUGCAAAAGUACUCCACACCAUGACAAUCACUGCUUCACCAGUUGAUAUCAAUAUAAAGCACCAAAUGCUUACGAAGUUAUAUCUGUGUCUUAGGGGCUCUCAUUUGAUUGAAGAAGGUUAGGGUCUGUCUACAUUAGUUUCUACUUCAUACAUUAUUUAGAUUCAAGAUUCUAGACGUGCAACAGUAAAAUUGAAUGUUUUGAAAUACGUAAAACUUUGUUUCACCAGGUGCUCUAUGUCAUAUAUUUUCAAAUAAAUAUAUAUUUUGAUUCUAGCUUCUCACAAGUUUUGUGAACAUUCCUUUCUUGCUGAUAAAUGUGAAUGUUGAGUUAUAUAGAUGCAUAUCAAUGUCUUCAGUUAUUCAUAAAUAUCGACAUGAUGCAUAAUCACUGCAGACAAAGGGUGUCAAUUCUGAAUUUUUGUUUCAUAAGUUUGUCUAUCAAUGCUAUAAAAGUAAUUUCUUUUCUCUUUUGACAAAACCAAGAUUUACAGAUUGCAAAUGAGUAUACGGUGUGCACCGAUUAUGUUUAUUGUGGACUUGUGGAAAGUAGUAAUAUAUGGCAUGAUUCGCAGCUACAUAGACUAAAGUAGUUGAAUAUCUCUGUGAACGUAGCUCAGUUGGCAGGGAUAAUGCAUAAUAAAUGCAAGGUUUGGGGUUUGAAUUCCGGACACCACCAAAAACAGACUAAGGUAGUUGAAUGUGAACAUGUUUCCAACGAAAAAAUGGGCAGUAUGAUCUUAGCUUUUAUAAUUUUAUCGUUAGUAACUUAUUGUUUUAACUAAAUGCAUCCAGUGCUCAUCUAAUUUAACCAUGGCCUAUGACAAUUGAUGCUUGGGUGUUGCCUAUUAAGUUUCGUUCAUGUGUUGAUUGAUUGGUUUUCAGAUAAUAUGGUUGCAAGCUAUCUUACAUUCUUGUGAUUGAUA